AUGGGAUCGAACAAGAGGAGCACGUACUCGUACAAGUUCAAAGAUCCUAAAUUAGACAGCCUACAAGAAUUGGUUUCUCAGCUCCAUCUAGUCUACAAGAUCAACUUUGGGAAGGAUUAUGGCAAUCUGCUCAGUCUCUUGAACAAAGAAGCAGACCCACUGGUACUUUUGACCUUGGCCCAAUUCUAUGAUUCGCCAAUGAGAUGUUUCACCUUCCAGGAUUUUCAAAUAGCACCAAUGUUGGAGGAAUUUGAACAUCUUGUUGGUAUUCCCAUAAAAAACAAACUUCCAUUUAUGGGUGUCGAAGGGAUCUUGGAACAUGAAGUUAUAGCCGAUGCCCUUCACAUGCAUAAGAAGGAGGUUACUGCGAACCUGAGAGUGAAAGGAAAUACCAAAGGGUUUCCACUCAAUUUUCUUAUAGAGAGAGCUUACACCCUAUUGGAGGCCCAAAGUUGGGAGGCUUUCUACGCUACUAUUGCCUUGGCUAUUUAUGGAAUCGUUCUGUUCCUAAACUUUGACGAUUUUGUAGACAUGACUGCCAUUUGCAUCUUCCUCACGAAGAAUCCAGUGCCUACCCUUCUUGCUGAUGUGUUCUAUUAUAUGACUUGGAUAAGUGCAAAGAAGGGAGGAAUGGUUGCUUGCUGUGCCCCUCUAUUGUACACAUGGUUGCAGACCCAUCUUCCAAAUAGGGGUCGCUUUGUGGAUCAGAAGGAUGCUAGUUGGCCCCAGAGGUUGGGAUCACUCCGAUCCAGCGAUAUUUCCUGGUACUCUAGGGAGUAUGAUGGUACAGAAAUCAUAUCCAGUUGUGGGGACUUCCCCAACAUACCACUCAUUGGUACUCGAGGUUGUAUUAAUGCUAAUCCAGUCUUAUCCAUGAGACAACUUGGGUACCCAAUGGAGGGACCUCCUAAGGAGAAGUUUUGGGAAGCCUUUUUGCUGCAUGACCUAGGAGUUGAGAAUCCGACUUUGUUUGCAAGGAUCAAGAAGGCAUGGGAAAAGGUCAAUAGGAAAGGUAAGGCUGACCUAGGAAAGAAGAAUUGUAUCACCAAAGAGCCAUACUUUCAAUGGAUAAAAGAAAGAGUAAGAUCGAUCAAGAUGCCUUUCAAAAUAGAGAUGUAUGGUCCUCUUCCCGAGCCUAAACCUUCUCAUGUCCCAAUUGAGGAGGCAGAAGGACUCCGAGCUUCUUUAGAGAAACUUACAAAGGAAAAUGAAGAGCUGUUGAAGAACCUACACCUGAUCACUAAUGAAAAGAAUGAGUUUAAAUGGAAACUCGAGAGGAAUAAAACGCAGCUUCAGGUAAAUAUGGAAAAGGUGGAUAAGGAAGAGUAUAAGAGAAAAAGAGUCAAGCAUGGGUUAGAUCAGGCUGACAGCUGCUUGAAUACCGUCAAAAGCCAACUGAGAAAGGCUGAGAGGGAUUGUCGUGAGAAAGAGAAAUGGUGGAAGCUCGCCACAAAGCAAAAGAAGGAGAUAAGAGAGACACUUGAGGCUGAGAUAGCCAACCUCAAUGUUUCACUUUGUGAAUCAAACGAAAGGGAAGAACGGGAACGCCGCAGUAAAGAGAAUGCUCUGGUUGCUACUCAAGUUACACCUGAAAUGUGGAAAGGAAAGUGCCAGGAGGCUGAAAAUGCUAAUGAGUGGGAACGAUACUGGAGAGGUUGA